AUGGGUCAGAAGAAGAAAACCCCCGCGCCUCGCUCCAAACAAUCGCCUUCUUCUGCUACGGCAGAGGUUGAGCCGUCUGGGAUUUCCGCUGGUAGCGUCCAUGACGGCGGAUUUGCCGGACCGGAUGCUAAUGUCGAGCCGUUGGAUUCUGCUAUGAUCAAGCUGGAGUGCGAGAAGGCACUUGCAUCAUUCCGGCGAGGGAGCUACGUCAAGGCGCUUCGGCUUAUGAAGGAAUCAUGUUUACGCCACCAAGACUCUGCCCUAAUCUAUCGUGUUCAGGGUACUGUGUGCGUCAAGGUUGCUUCUGUCUUCGAAGAUCUAGCUACGAAAAACAGGUAUCUGCGUAAUGCAAUUGAAUCUGCUAGAAAAGCUGUGGAACUCUCUCCGAACUCGAUUGAGUUUGGGCAUUUUUACGCGAACAUGCUUUACGACGCUGCUAUCGAUGGGAGAGAUGGGAUAGAGUAUGAGGAGGUUGUUCAUGAGUGCCACCGUGCUCUCUCCAUUGAAAACCCCAUUGAUCCUGCUAAAGAGAGUCUGCAGGAUGAGACUCAGCAGAAGAUUUUGACACCUGAGGCUCGUAUCGCUCAUGUUCAGGAUGAGCUCAGGUCACUCAUACAGAAAUCCAACCUUUCUUCGUUGUCCUCUUGGAUGAAAAACUUGGGAAAUGGUGAAGAGAAAUUUCGGAUAAUUCCCUUUAGGAGAACGGUUGAGGAUCCUAUUGAGAGUAACCUGAUUCAGGCCAGGAGGCCCAAUGAGAUUAAGAAAGCUACUAAGACUCUUGAAGAGAAGAGGAAGGAGAUUGAAGUGCAGGUAGCUGCACUUAGGUUGUUGCAGCAGAACUCAGAAUCUUCCGUAUCAGAUAAUGUAGGAAAUGUUAAUGACAAGGGAUCAGAUCCAACAUUAGGCACGGGGCAGAGAAGCGGGGAGAGGAGAAGGCAUGGAAAUGCAAGGAAAAACGGCUCCACAGCCGAGAGAAGGGAUCGGGUUAGGUCAUAUUGGGAUUCUAUGACCAAAGAAAUGAAGAAACAAUUGCUUAGAGUUAAGAUUAGUGAUCUUAAGAGUCACUUUAGUUCAUUAAAGGAUGACAAUGCAAAUGAGAUUAUAACUGAAGCUCUGUCCUUUUGUGAAGCUAAUAAGACUUGGAGGUUCUGGGUUUGUUGUCGGUGCAGUGAAAAGUUCUUGGAUUCUGAGGCUCAUAUGCAGCAUAUUGUGCACGAGCACAUGGGUGACGUAUUACCUAGGAUGCAAAUGGUUUUGCCUCAAAGUAUCGACAGUGAAAGGACUGAGAUGCUUCUUAGUACCCCAUGGAUACCAUUGGAUCUCUCUGCUGCGGUGAAGCUGCUUCGCAGUCAGCAGAAAAUCCAAAAUACUGAGUUUAAUGGGUUUCACUCUGGGGAUAUUAUGGAAGAUGGUGACGACUGCUUCAAGGAUGCAUGGAACGAUACUUCACCAGAGAAAGAAAAUCUUGGAGAUGCUUGCAAUGGUUGUGAUGAGAAUGAGUCCGAAGAGGGUAAAAUGCCAAUUACAUUUCACCUUCCUAAUGAAUGGCCGAUAUAUGAUGAUCCUGAACGUGCGAAGCUCCUUGAAAAGAUUCGUGCAGCAUUUGUACUACUUAUCAGACACAAAUAUUUAGCUGCCAGCCAUCAUGAUAAGGUGAUACAAUUUACACUGGAUGAGCUCCAGAAUCUAGCCUCAGUUUCGCAGUUCUUAAGUUGUGGUUUGGGUCAGUCACCCAUAUGCAUUUGCUUUUUGGGAGCUACCCAGCUUAUGAAAAUUCUCAAAUUCCUGCAAGAUUUGUCACAGGCCUGUGGAUUGAGUCGAUAUUCUGAACAAAGUAACCCCAUUGAUGAAGUUAAUUUUGGCGACUUGGGUCUUGAAGUUACAGAGGAGAUUCUUUUUGAUGGUGAAGAUUCAUGUCUUCUUCUAGAUGAAAAGUUGCUUGGCACUGAGUGCAUCCAAGAGAAGUAUACGGGACCAGCAUUGAAAAAUGGAGCUAUAGCAAAUUCUGGAGAUAUUGCUAAUGGCAAUAAUGUCUCUUCUGGUGUGAAUGGAUUUCUUUCAUGGAUCUUCGCAGGACCCUCUAGUGGGGAACAAAUUGUGUCGUGGAUGCGCACCAAGGAAGAGAAAACAAAUCAAGGACUGGAGAUCAUGCAAAUUCUUGAGAAGGAGUUCUGCCACUUGCAGAACCUCUGCGAGAGAAAAUGCGAGCACUUAAACUACGAGGGAGCACUGCAGACUGUUGAGGACCUUUGUCUUGAAGAAGGCCGGAAGAGGGAGACUUCAGCAGAGUUUACCCAUGAAAGCUAUGAAUCCGUGCUGAGAAAACGAAGAGAAGAGCUAAAUGAGAGUGACCAUGAGUUGGUGUUUAUCAGUAGUAGGUUUGAGGUAGAUGCUAUAACAAAUGUUUUGAAAGAUGCAGAAUCUCUUAACCAUAAUCAAUUUGGAUAUGAAGAAUCAUGUGCCAGUACGAGUUCUCAGCUACGUGAUCUGGAAUCUGGUGAAGCUGAUGAAUGGGGGUUGAAGGUUUCCUUUAAUGAGGCCGACAGUUUCAUAGAGAUUGCGAUCCAGAAACAAAAAGAGCAGUUGUCUGCGGAGCUUAGCAGAAUUGACGCACGAAUGAUGCGAAGUGUUACUGGGAUGCAGCAGUUAGAGCUAAAGCUUGGACCUGUUUCCUCCAAUGAUUAUCAGAUAGUAUUGUUACCUUUGGUGAAGUCCUCCAUGCGAGCACAUUUGGAGGCAUUGGCAGAGAAAGAUGCCACCGAGAAGUCUGAUGCUGCAAGAGAUGCAUUACUUGUUGAGCUCACUCUUGAUUCUAAGAAGGAGGCUCGAGGAAGAAAUGAUAAUUCGAAACACACGCAGGAAAAGUCCAAGGAUAAGAGAAAGAUUAAAGACACCAAAAAACUAAAGGAUGCUACUCUUGGAAACGGCCAUCACUUCAAUGUUGAUUCAAUGGAACACAGCCAUCUUCCGGUUGUAUCUUUUGGUGAUCAUUCAGAGGCUGGCAUUGUUUCUGAAGUUGGAGCUUUAAAAAAACAGGAAGAGGAAUACAUGCGCCAAGUAGAGCUAGAGGAAGAGGAGAGAAAGCUUGAAAAAACUCUAGAGUAUCAAAGAAAAAUUGAGAACGAAGCUAAGGAAAAGCACACUGCAGAACAACAAAAGAAAUACAGUUCUCUAGUUCCGAUGAAUGUUCCUGAGACAAUGGAUAUUGUUUGCACAAAUAAUGUCGUUGAUGAUCUAUGUUUACAAGAACAAGAAAACUCCAAAAACUGGAUUCAAACGAAUGGAGUACCUGAUAACUUGGAAGGAACCAAAGUGAAUACGAAUGGUGUUUUGUCGUCAACAAAUCAUUGUGCGAUAACUGAUACUGCAAAGUUGCAGCGUGUAAAAUCCCAAAAAGUGGCUAAUGGGGUAGCUACUCAAGCUAUUGUUUUACAAUCUGAUCAACGCAUCGGGAGGAGGGGUAGACGCCAAAAAGCUUCGAACAAGUCAGUUGAUAGAAUAUAUCAGGUCACACCUUCUGAGAGCGAGAACAUUAAAUCUCAGAGAUCAGGCACCGAAGGUGAGAGAGAAUCUGAAUAUCUACGUAGCAAUGGUAUUAAAUUUACUGGGUUUUUAACUCGAAUAUUAGAUGCACUUGGGAAAACACCAAUUAAGGCACCAGUGAAACAGAUUUAUCCGUUAAAACUUAUAGUUCACGAAGCGGAAACAAAGACAUUAAGACAAUUACAAGCUGAAGAGGAUGAAGAAGAAAGGUUUCAAGCUGACCUUAAAAAAGCAGUGCGUCAAAGCCUUGAUGUAUACCAAGGAAGAAGAUAUAUGCCGCCAUAUCUGAGGACACCUCUGGAAGUAAACAAAGAUGGGGUUUUAUCUGAUGUUACAGAGGAGUCUCUGAGUUCGACCGGAGUUGCCAUUUUUGGCACAGGUCUUCAGAAUGAAGUUGGUGAAUACAAUUGCUUUUUAAAUGUUAUCAUACAGUCUUUAUGGAAUCUGGGGCUGUUUCGGGCUGAGUUCUUGCGGAGAUCAACACUAGAGCAUCAUCACGUGGGAGAUCCUUGUGUUGUCUGUUCUUUGUAUGAAAUUUUUACUGCUUUGACUGCUGCUUCGAGUGAAACACACAAAGAACCUGUGGCUCCUUCAUCUCUCAGGAUUGCUUUGAGUAACUUGUAUCCUGAUAGCAGUUUCUUUCAAGAGGCUCAGAUGAACGAUGCUUCAGAAGUACUGGCUGUGAUCUUUGACUGCCUUCAUCGCUCAUUUGCUCAAAGCUCAAGCGUGUCUGAGACAGAAUCUUCUGAGAGCAACUGUACGGGUUCGUGGGACUGUGCCAACCGCACAUGUAUUGCCCAUUCUCUGUUUGGAAUGGAUAUUUUUGAGCAACUGAAUUGCUACAGCUGUGGGCUGGAGUCCAGGCAUAUGAAGUACACUUCUUUUUUCCAUAACAUCAACGCUAAUGCCCUACGGACCAUGAAGGUUACAUGUGUUGAGAAUUCUUUUGACGAACUUCUAAAUCUUGUCGAGAUGAACCAUCAACUUGCCUGUGAUCCCGAAGCUGGUGGGUGUGGGAAACCAAACCAUAUCCACCAUAUUCUCACCUCUCCUCCACAUGUUUUUACUAUAGUUUUAGGGUGGCAAAACACAUGUGAAACUGUAGAAGACAUAGCAGCUACUCUUGCAGCCUUGAAUACCGAGAUAGACAUCAGCAUCAUGUACCGUGGCCUGGACCCUAAGAGCAUGUAUAGCUUAGUUUCCGUGGUUUGCUAUUAUGGACAGCAUUAUCAUUGCUUUGCAUAUAGUCAUGAACACGACCGAUGGAUCAUGUACGAUGACAAAACCGUUAAGGUGAUCGGUAGCUGGAGUGAUGUACUUUCUAUGUGUGAGAGAGGACACUUGCAGCCACAGUUUAGGAGAUCUCUCAAGUACAAACUGCAAAGAAAGUAA